GAGGCGUGGGGGGGAGAGCUGCACCGAGAUGCCGUAACCAUGGACUGUAGACUGAAAGAGAGCCCAGAAAGAACAUUUGAUCUGGUCUUCAAGGUGACUUGCCCAGCUUCUGAAAAUGAAGAUCCAGUGGUUGUGUGGAAGUUCCCAAAGGACUUCAGAGACCAGGAAGUGCUGCAGACUGUGCCGAAAUUUUGCUUUCCUUUUGAUGUUGAAAGGGUUUCACAGAGUCAAGUGGGGCAGCACUUCACUUUUGUGCUUACUGACAUUGAAAGCAAACAGAGGUUCGGUUUCUGUCGCUUAACAUCAGGAUGUAAAGUCUGUGUCUGUAUCCUCAGUUAUUUGCCAUGGUUUGAAGUCUACUACAAGCUACUGAAUACAUUGGCAGAUCUUUUAGUUAAGGAACAGGAAAAUGACUUGAAUGAUGUUUUAGAAACUUUGUAUAAGCAUGAUGUACCAGUGCCAAAUACUCCUGUCAAUCUCAGCCUGAACCAACAGAUAUACUUUAGAAGUGGACAACUGAAAAAUAUGCCAAAACAGGGUUUGCAUUCGUACUUCAUAACCCCUGAUACGAGUGGACUGCCUACUAUACCUGAAAGUAGAAAUAUGACUGAAUAUUUUGUUGCUGUGGAUGUGAACAACAUGUUGCAACUUUAUGCCAGUAUGCUGCAUGAACGACGUAUCAUUAUUACCUCCAGUAAACUUAGCACUUUAACGGCUUGUGUUCAUGCGUCAGCUGCCGUGCUUUAUCCAAUGUAUUGGCAGCAUAUUUACAUCCCAGUGCUCCCUCCCCACCUGCUGGACUAUUGCUGUGCCCCCAUGCCCUAUCUGGUUGGAGUUCACCUGAGCUUAAUGGAAAAGGUGAAGAAUAAAGCUUUAGAUGAUGUGAUCAUAUUAAAUGUAGAUACGAACACACUGGAAACACCAUUUGAUGACCUUCACAACCUGCCUAGUGAAGUGGUCGCAUCCUUGAAAUACAAAUUGAAGAAGCAGUCAACAGCUACUGGUGAUGGAGUAGCAAGGGCUUUUCUUAAGGCACAAGCAGCACUAUUUGGCUCCUAUAGGGAUGCACUCCGAUAUAAACCUGGAGAACCAAUCACAUUUUGCGAGGAGAGUUACGUUGCCCAUCGUUCUAGCACUAUAAAACACUUUCUUCAAAAUGCGGUACAGCUUCAGCUAUUUAAACAGUUUAUUGAUGGGAGGUUGGAAAAGUUAAAUGCAGGAAAAGGAUUUUCUGAUGUUUUCGAAGAUGAGAUAACUGCUGGAGGCUAUAGUGGAGGAAAUUCAAAGUCCUACCAGCAAUGGAUGCACACAGUCAAGAAGGGUGGAGCUCUAAUAAAUACAGUGAUGACGAAAGCAAAUCCUGCCAUGAAGACAGCAUACAAAUAUGCUAAGAACCAGGCUAAGAUGGGGAUCAAAGAAGUGAGGAGCAUGUUAAAACAGAAGGAAACGAACGAAGAUGAUGAGUUACAUCAUAGCGAGAGUUUAUCCCCAAACCUGCAAAGACGAUCAAACUCUGAUCUUUUACAGAACCGGCUUCCAGCCACUAAACGUAAACGGAUUCGACCUCAACGAUCUUCACACGCUGGUAUUGUUUCCCCACUGGAUGCUGAUGAGGCAGACAGAGCAAGCAAGUUAUCUUCUGAAGACAGUGGAGAAGUAUGUGCCUAUAUUGAUGACAGUGAUGAUUCUGAGCAGAUUGAACUAGAGUCAGAAUCUCCAGGUCAGAUGGACCUGUUGGGAGAGAUCCUUGAUACCCUUAGUACACACAGUUCAGAUCAAGGAAAGCUGUGUGGUGCAAAAAGCCUGGAUUUCUUCAAAUCAAUGGAUGAUAUCAGUUAUAAAGCUGUGCACAAGUCCAAUACUCCAAGUGAGGGAAACCUGGCUGAAUUUGAUGAAGGGUAUGGUGAUCACCUGAGUUGGCACCUGGGACAAGAUGAUACUGUUGUCCAUAGAAGGCCCCUUCCCCCAUCUCCCAGGAAAUCAUUCUGUUAUUUGACUGAAUGUCCAGCUACCUUUGAAACACCGUCUUGUGACAACUCCAGUGUGUUUGUUGACAAGUUAACAACUUUUCCUCAGCUCAAUAGUGACUCGUCUUUUAAAACUUCCGUGGCAACCAUUGCCUCCAAUCAAGAAUCAAACCAGGAGAAAAAAAUUUCAGCCAAACUAAAAGAGCCAAAACGAACACUAACCAGUGAAGAUAGUACCUACGAGGAACAGAGUCAAAAUACAGCAAAAUACCCAUCAGCUUUAAUCCCUUGGGAGAAAGAAGAUGUUGAGACUGAACUGAUAAAACCCACAAGUGAAAUAGAUCUACUCAAAGAGAUUGACUGUUUAUGUUCCAGAUUUGAAACCAAUCGUAUUGUUUCCAGUAUUGAUGCUUCCACUACCAACACUUAGAACAAAGUGUGAAAGUGCAGCAAUAUUCUAAGCUGGGGUCAAUUCAGAUAACUAUUUAAGAAACCUAAAGAUUUAGUGUGGAGACUGCAAGAAGGGGGGGAUUUCUUGAGCAUUUUUAAAGUGCAGAUGAAGCAAAAUGCACUGCUUUUCGGUAUUAUGCAAAAUCAAAUAUAGACUUUUCUCUCAAAUUUAAUCUUUAACACAUUGCUAAACUGGACUAUUAAAAUAAUUUCUGAUUUAUACACUUGGGCUAAACAUUUGACUACAAAUUGUUGCAAGAUAGCAUUUUGACAAGCCAGGAAUCAGGAAUGCAUGCACACAACAGAAGUCAUUUCAAUUUAAAUUGUAGUCAGGUGAAAAAUGAUUGAUUUUAAGUCUGAGAGACAACAGACAACCUUAUGUUUCAACAUCACAAUGGGAGACUGCGAUUUCCUAUCAGGGUCGGUGAGAUUUUCCUGCUUUGUUCCAACCAAAUCAGGCCACCAAGGCAAAUGCCUUGCAAUAUUUAAAUUGUUGCAUGCUGUAUAUAAAAUAUAUAAAUAAGCUUGUGUAGUGUCGAGUGGAUGCAGUGGGAUUGUCCGAGUUUGCAAGCACUUGAGGAGGGAACAGUGGUCAUUAUUCUCUGCAAUUCGUUACAUUUCAAGCCCUCCUCAACCCCUCCUGUUUCAUUUUAAUACAUCUACAAGCUCGUUACUCUGACUUAAUUCAACACCCCAUUUACAUUUUAUCUAUGUUUUUCAUGUUUUAAAUGAAAUAUGCAGUAAAUUAAUGCCAAAUAAUCAAAGGUACUGCCUUAAAAAUUACAGAAAUCAUAGUCCUGUGAAACCCUCAUGUAGCAUCUUUUGUAAACUUCUUCAUAAUAUUUGGAAGUGUUACGGAAUAACACUUUAGUGCUUAAAAAGAGUAAACCUGAAAAUGCUUGAAAUCAGUUCAUUUGGCAAUAAUUAUCAGGAAUGACAAUGCACACUGUGGUUAGUAAAGGGAGGAAAGAAAUCUCUUCUGGAGAUAAUGCUGCAUUUUAUUUAAUCAGCAAUCUGUUGGUACCAAUGAGUAUUCAAUCCAUGCCUUCCCGAAAUAAGUUGAAUUGUGUUUAUUCCCUCAACACCAUUAAUGAUGGCUCACUUGAACCUCUCUCGAGUGAUAUUUUAAGCAACAAAACAGUUUUUACAAGACAUGCAAUCAGCUUUCUUGAGACUUCAUUUAAGAGUUUUGGCGUACAAUGAAAUACAAUUGUUAACAUUUUGAUAUGGAUUUUAAGUGUUCUCAAUUUUCUAUGUACCCUUGGUGUAACGUGUUUUUUGUAUUGAACAAAUGUGCAAAAAUGCUGUAAAAGUUAAUAGUGAAAUAUUGUUGUGGUUUUUUAGAAUGUGACUGUACUAGGAGUGAUGUAAUGUAAAUGGCAACUAACACUGGGAUAUAGGGGGAAGAAGAAGAUGCUGUUGGUACUCCUGGUACAUUAAUGGUACUUCAAUGUGUACAAACAGGGUAAAUAAAUAUCAGGAUCAAGGGCAACAUACAGAAACCAGGUGAUUCCAGUAACAUGUGCUACACUAAUGUUUAAUACUUUUAAAUCUGUAGAUAACAUUUGGUUACUUGAUGAUUACUUUCAACAAUACACCGUCUUGCACUCUGUUACCGGGCACAUGCGAUAUACUUUUGGUCUUGUGUUCCUCGGUCCUAAUUUUUUUUCUGUUAACUGGAUGUUAUUAAAGAACUCUGUUAUUCAGUCAGAGAUGCAUAUAUUAUAUAAAUAUUUCUAAUGUUUUUAGGCAUUUAAAAUACGUGAAACAUCGCUGCGGCAAAGGCUGGAACAUGUGCCUUAAUGGAAACAAAUAAUUGGUACGGAACUUUAUCUUGGGAAUGAUAACGUAUUGAUUUGGAGCUAAGAGUGUAAUGUGCAUGAAAAGAUGGUACGUGCACUGACAUAUGAAAGUGCGAUAUUGCCGUCACAUUACAUAGGCUGUAUAUCAAAACAGAGAAUCAUCAGGAUUUGAUAUACCUCAGACUUCCCAAAAACUCAAAAUAGAUCCAAGUUUUUGUUUUCAGUGCUCUCUUAUCAAUCCAACCUACCCUUAUUGUUGUCUUUGGUUUAGAUAUUGAAAAUAAUUUAAAAUGCAGCCUCUUUCAGCACCCAGAAGGCAUUUUGUCUUUUUUAGUAUAACUUUUGUGCAAUAUGAAUUCUAUUUACAAAUUGUUUGUAUUGAAGAUGUUGCUUUCGAGUUAGAUUUUUACGUCAAGUUUUUUAAAAUAUGAAAGAUUAACCUGGAGUACAGAGAAGCACCUAAAUUGCUUAUUGGUUGAGUUGGAAACAUUGAAACUUGCUCCAUGGUCGAUCAAGAAGUCAUUGGGAAUAAAGGUCGCUGUGGAAUUAGUUUUCUCCUUCGUUAUAGAUUUUCUUUUCCCAUCUAUGCCUUUAAUAUUUUAUUUUAUCAGUAGUCCACCAUGUUCUUGCAACCACUUGUGUUUGAAGUUCCAUAGUUUGUAUCACUUCCAAAAUUUACAGUGCACUUUUUCCAAAUGUAUUAUGUUGAUAAAAUGUAGAACAGCCUAUGUCUUAAGCAUGUGUUACUUUUACGUGCUAUUUGUUUAAAAGUAAAUGUUGCCCAUUACCAUUGUCCAACUCUUAAAAAUGUACAUGUAUAUUUCAUCCUAUAAAUUACUUGCAUGUCUAAUUUUUGCAAAUGUUUAUCUAAUUGUUCAUUUAAGCAUCUAGCUAAUACACUUAUCCAUGAAUCAACAGAAACUAAGCCAGUUAUCAUCCAAGUUGUCCUAACCUGUCCAAAUGCUGUAAAUAACAUCCAGUUUGUUGCUUAAGUUCUGUUCUCUAUUAAUGCCAGUUAAAUGUGUAUCCCAACUGUGUCUGGCUUUUUUGUACACCUUGUCUUCUUUUUGUCUGUUUUCAAAGUCUAAUGAAAAAGCCAGUAAUUUGGCUUUUAAAGCACCAAGUCACUGUUCGGGCUAAUCAUCUGUAGAACUGCUGUUGGUGCCAAUUUUAGUUUCAGUGCUCCUUAGAGAGGCUUAUUUGUAGAGGCCAUCCAUUUUUAUCCAGAUGAACACAGUUAAAGUUACAUUUCACAGCCUCUUAUCCUAUUAGUGGAGGUACUUCCCUGUGUGAUUCAAAAAUAUACUGCAAGAAAAUUGGAUUUCAACUUUUCAGUUGAAUGUGCAUUUGCAAAUUGCCCAGGUUUUGAUGUACAAACUGCAGGUUAAGCUGCUGGAGGGUAUAUUAAUUUUUUUUACAAAGCAUUUUUAUGACAGUUGUGUGACCACUGUACCAAUUCAGAAUAUAUCUGUUUGAAAUUAAACCCAGUGACCAUUUCAUCAGAGUGGGUAUAUUUGGUAACACCAGUUGGGAUAUUUGCUGUCUUUGGUUAAUCUGUUCUUGAUGGUUCUCCAAUCUGCUGUAUAAAAUUAAGAGAGAUUGUACAAAAUUGGCUGAACAAAGUAAUUCCUCAGGAUUUGCAAAGCUGUGCUUUGCCUUUGCCAAACAAUAAAGUUUCAAUUUUGCGUUGA